AUGGAAAUAGAACUCAUCUCCAGUGCAUUCCGAUCCGCAAGCCUCCCGGAAAGUUAUGUCCGUCCAGAAUCCGAAAGACCAAAUCUAUCCCAAGUUGACGACUGGAAAAUCUGUUUUUUCUUUCCGGUAGUUGACUUGGGCUGUGGAGAUAAAAAUCUAUUACUCCAACAAAUAGUCCAUGCUAGGCGUGAAUAUGGCGUUUUCCAGAUAAUAAACCAUGUAGUAUCAAUGGAAGCAGCAGCGAGAAUGUUAUUGGUUGAUCCUGAAUUCUUUGGGUUACCAGUUGAAGAGAUGCCGAAGUACUAUUCUGAUGACCCUUCAAAGACCAUGAGGCUGCAUACCAAUUUUAAUGUGAUAAAGGAAACUAUUCACAACUGGGAAGACUAUCUCAGGCUUCGUUGUCUAAAAGAGAUUAUGAAGAAUAUGGUCGAAGAAUCUGUAGCUGCAGACGGACAUAAACAUAAAGAUAUCUGGGGGAAGAAACUCAAGGGCCCUGCAUUAAACUUCGAUGCUGGGGCUAGCUCUAGCUCUAAUUGUGGAUCAGGUACAAAUCAAACUCCCAGUGAUGACAUGAUUCGCAUCAUUAUUGAUGAACCUAGCGCGCUUGAUCUAUUUGAUCAGAUGCUAAAAAAAAUUAAAAAAGAUGAGCAUAUGAAACUUCUGUCAGAGGGAGCAAUUGAUUGUCUUGCCAAGUUAAAUGAUGUGGUGAUCGGAACCGCUAGUACUGUUACCAUUGGUCUUGUUGGUUUUGCCAAUACUGGCUCAUCUUUUUCACCAACCUUGUCUUUUCUUGGGGUGGCUAAUGCAACUGCUUUCGUUUGUGCCUUCACCGCCAUUACACUGCGUCUUAAAAAGCCAAUGGCUUCACGCAUCAUGACCAAAAUUGGAGGCAUAGCGUCAUCAUCUUCAAUUGUUGGGGCUGUGGGAAUUUACCUUCCUGAUAACAUUGCUUGGGCAAGCUGGGUUGCAGCUAUCAUCCCUGCAGUUGCUGUGGCGCUGUUCUAA